CUAGGAUCUGGAACUGCCACGCCCCCUUUCUCAUCAAAAUAGUCAGAUGCGGAGAUGAUCAUUUUUGUGACAGUUUCACUGAUUUUUGCACAGUUCUAAUCAAGUUGUUGAAUGCUCUAUGGAUUAGGAUGGAGGUUGUUAAGGGGUCUGUCUUAUUAUUCAAAGCAGCCAAAGAACAUGGACAAGACCCUUAUGAACAGGCUCUCAAGGAGAAGGGUAUAAAAGUGUUCUCCAUCCCAGUGUUGACAUUUCAAUAUCUGAAUCUGGAGGAGUUGAGAAAAAGACUAAACAGCCCUGACAGAUAUUCCUGUUUAGUUUUCACAAGUCAAAGAGCCUUAGAUGCAGUGGAGCUUGCAAUAAAAGUUGACAAUACCCCUCUGGACCAAUUAUGGAAGGACCGGCCAGUUUUUGUCGUUGGAAAGACGACAGCAGAGGCAGCUGAAAAAGUUGGAUUUGUGACUACUGGGUCUGAUACGGGAAAUGCAGAGGCCUUGGCGCCAGUUAUAUUGAAAAACAUUUCCGAAGAUACACGACCAGUUUUCUUUCCCUGUGGUAAUCUACGUAAGGAGACCAUACCCCACAAACUAAAAGAGAAAGGUUAUACCGUCGAUAGUCUUGUCGUAUAUGAAACUUCGCCAAAUCCAGAUGUGAGAAAAAACUUGCAAGAUCUGAUUCAAAAGGAGGGUGUUCCUGAGUUAGUGUCAUACUUCAGUCCAUCUGGUGUCCAAUUCACAAAACCACUACUAGAAGAAUUGAAAAUUGCCAACAAGACCAAGUAUAUCUCAAUGGGGCCCUCGACGACGAUUGAGCUUGAGAAGCAGUCAAUGCCCGUAGAAGGUGAAGCAAAGAAACCGACUAAAGAGGGCGUUAUUGAGGAGAUUAUCCACGUCCUGCAGAAGUACAACUCUGUAUAAUCGGCUAUUGAGGAUGAGGAACUUUAUUAUGCAUGGACUUGCUUGUGCGGUGAAGGGCAAAUGCAUGGAUGAGAUGUCCAUGCUUGGACUUGCUUAUGCUAUAAAUGGAGGAUAUAGGCCAUGCAACAAACUUUAGUGAACCUUUCACGCCAUUGAAAUAUCCUUUCCAUUGUACAGCAACUAUUUAUUAUUGAUCACAAUCGGAUAAAAUUGUCUAAGUACAACAUUUUGUGUUUUACUGCCAUUCAAAUGUCAGUUCAAGUUUUUGGAGACUUGAUGAUUUGUGUUAUACAGAAUCACUCAGCUAGUCAUCAGCUUAAACCUCAGAGUAAUCUGGUUGCCACUAUGCACAGAUCAGUUGUCAUUCACUUCUUCAGGGCUAGGUAGGUAUAUAUAUAUAUAUUGGUUCUAGAGGUUUUUAACUGUUGAUAUUUUAGUUCUUGAAUAUGCAUCAUGUAAAACAUGAUUUUCAUGUAUCUUUUAUUUUUUGAUUGCUGUUACCAUGAGAUAUUUUCAAUUAUAUAUUCAAAUAAAAGAAUGCUUCUGAAAAAA